AUGAAGAUGAAACUUACAUCCCUCACCCUCUACCUGCUUGCGCAGAGCGCUCUGGGUACAGCCCUUCGGUUCGUCAUGUACGCCGAUCAAUAUCACACCACAGACAUGCCGGGGCGCGAGAAGAUGGAGGGCAUCACACACGCGAUUAUGGCGUUCGCCGAAGCGAAGCUGUUCAACUCAGAUGGAGGUGCCCAUUACACGCCAUUUGAAAGUGUAGAAACAUUCCGGGGACGAUUCGCACCGGACACAAAGGUCCUGUUCGCGGUGGGUGGUUGGGGCGAUACGGCUUCGUUCUCGACGGGAACCAAAGACGAGGCGUCGCGCGAACGGUUCGCAAGGAAUAUCGCGGCGGUCGUGAAGAAUGGGGGGUUUGAUGGUGUUGAUAUUGACUGGGAGUAUCCCGGUGGUAAUGGCGAAGACUACAAGAGGGUUCCUAAUUCGCAAAGGACCGACGAGAUUGAAACUUUCCCAUUAUUCCUCUCUGCAAUCCGCUCAGCCUUAGGCAAAGACAAGAUCCUAUCCAUCGCGGUGCCGGGCAAACGGGUCGACAUGAUCGCGUUCACGAAAGAACAAGGCCCCAAGAUCUGGGAAUCAGUGGACAUGGUGAACGUGAUGUCAUAUGACCUGAUGAACCGUCGGGAUAACGUGACGAAACACCACGCCAGCGUGGAGGGCUCGUUGGACACGGUGCGUGCGUACCAGGACGUCGGACUGACAGGUGACAAGAUCAACCUGGGCUUCCCAUACUAUGCGAAGUGGUUCACGACGGUGCAAGGCGCCGGAUGCGAGGAACACCCGCUGGGAUGUCCGGUGGAAUUGCUGGAGUCGGCGGAUGGAGCCGAUACAGGCAAAUCAGGGGCGUUUACGUUCGAAAAGAGCACGAUGGCGGAGCCGCCCAGGGAUUUGAAGCAGAGUGCCGAUGGGCAGUGUGGGCUUACGUCGGCGAGCAAGUGUCCCGCUGGACAGUGUUGUAGCCAAUAUGGGAAUUGUGGAACGGGCGGUGAAUUUUGCCAAGCUGGAUGUCAAUCAGACUAUGGCGAAUGCAAAGGACUGUCGUUGAAGGACUCGUGGCGCAAGGCACAGGAGAACGGGAAGUUGGACGAGCAAGCGGGAGGGCAGUAUUACUUCGAUGAGCACUCGAAUAUAUUCUGGACCUGGGACACAAUGAAGACGAUUGAACGAAAAUUCAACGAGAUUGUGGAGCCGGAGCAGUUGGGAGGAGUGAUGGCGUGGAGUCUGGCCGAGGAUUCGUUGAAUUGGGAGCAUCUGGAUGCGAUGACGAAUGGGGUGAUGAGGCGACAAUCUAGAGAUGGCUAA